CAUCACAAAAGAAACCGAGUAGGAGCAACAUAGCAGCAUGGCGCUCACCCCUUGCACUGGCCAGGCCUUGCUGGACGCUCAGCUCGACCUCUGGCACAGCAACUUCGCCUACGUCAAGUCCAUGGCGCUCAAGGCCGCCCUAGACCUCCGCAUCGCCGACGCCAUCCAGCACCACGGCGGCGCCGCCACCCUUCUCCAGGUAGCCACCAACGUUACGGUCCCCCAGGCCAAGAUCCCCUGCCUGCGUCGCCUCAUGCGCGUGCUCACCGCCACAGGCGUCUUCGGCGCCCAGGCUCAGCACCCAUCGGCCCGCGGCGGUGAGCCCGUGUACACGCUCACGCCGACGUCCCGCCUGCUCGUCGGCUCAGGGAGCCUGGACCCUAUCACGGCCAUGAUCAUCCACCCGGCCCUCGUCUCGUCCUUCUUCGAGCUUGGCGCGUGGCUCCAGCGCGAGCUGCCGGAUCCGUGCAUCUUCAAGCUGAGGAAUGGCCAAACCAUGUGGGAGUUGGCCGACCGUGACGCGACCUUCGACGCGCUCAUCAACAAUGGCAUGGCCUCGGACAGUCGAUUCGUCAUGGACAUCGUCAUCAAGGAGCACGGAGAGAUCUUCGAGGGGAUAAGCACCUUGAUCGAUGUCGCGGGGGGACUCGGCGGCGCGGCCCAGGCCAUCUCAAAGGCGUUCCCGCACGUGAAAAGCAGCGUGUUGGAUCUCGACCACGUCGUCGCCAUGGCUCCCAAGGAUACUUGCGUGCAGUACAUCGCCGGCGACAUGUUCGAGAGCGUUCCGCCGGCAGACACAGUAUUCCUCAAGUGGGUCCUUCAUGACUGGGGCGACGAGAAGUGUGUCAAGAUACUGAAGAACUGCAGGGAAGCCAUUCCUGCAAGAGAUGCGGGAGGAAAGGUGAUAAUCUUGGAUAUGGUCGUCGGAGCAGGACCGCCUGACUUGAAGAACAGGGAGAUGCAGGUCGUGUUUGAUCUGUAUAUGGUUGUUGUCAAUGGCAUCGAGCGAGAUGAGCAAGAGUGGAAGAAGAUUAUCUUCGAAGCAGGAUUCAGCGACUACAAGAUAAAACCGGUCCUAGGCGCUCGAUCAGUCAUCGAGGUCUACCCGUGAUAUACUAUGUCGAUUCAUAUGAGUCGACGAUGGUGAUUGAAAAAUAAAUUAUUUUCAAGUACUCGAAUAAAAUAGCGAUUCUCAUUUCACUUUGACGGUGAACGUAGUGUUAUCAGAAUGAAUGUACGGUUCC